AUGUCUGAAGUACGAGCACGUGCUAUGGCUUUAACUGAUCCGACACGUCCAGAAGUCACUGCAUUUUUCAAAAGUGUCCACCGUUCGACUGCAUACGGCGUUCAUCGCUUACCAGCUGUGUCGUCUAGCGAAGAUGAGGAUGACGAUGAUCAUAUAGAUGAACCCCAGUGUCAACAAACUUCAACGGCCAUUCUUCCAGACGAAUCGUAUGACACAGACCUCGAUUCAGAUGAUGAUGAUGAAAGUAAAAAACAGAAAGAUUUCACUUCAAAAGGAUUAUAUUUAACUAAUUGUGAUAAAAACACUGUUAUACCCUCAUCUUCUUUCUUAAAAUUGAUCGAUAAUGAACUGAGUACAUCCGUUGAUAUACGUUAUUCCUCUAUAAAACCGCUUGAUAUAAAAGCAAUGAUACCAUCAUUGAGAAUGAGUACAACAAUUACAAAAUUAGAUUUAAGUGGAAAUGGUUUUGGUUCACUUGGUGCAGUUUACAUAGCAAAAUUAAUUAAAGAUAGUGAAUAUAUAAUUGAAUUGAAUUUAUCCUACAACGAUAUUGGACUGAAAGGUUGCCAAGCUCUCUGCCCUGCACUUCGCACGUGUGAUACCAUUCGUACUCUGAUUCUUGAUGGUAACCGUUUAAAUGAUGAAUGUGCCGUACAUCUUGCUGAACUUCUUACAGUGCAUGAAUAUUUACUCUACGUUAGCCUAGCAAAAAAUCUAUUUGAAGGCGUGUCAGCAGCAAGUCUGUUUGCCGUAGCUCUCAGUGAUAAUCAGUCGAUUGAACAUUUCAAUAUAUCAUUUAAUCAUUUUCAACAGAAAACCACUGGUGUGUUUGUUCUAUUUUUAUCAAAAAAUUUUCGUCUUCGUACAUUAGAUUUAUCAUAUUCAAGUUUUGGCUUAGAUGCAUCGAAAGCAUUUUCUAUGGCAAUGAAAACAAAGAAUACGCAAUUAGAAGAAUUAGAUUUAUCAUCGAAUCUGAUUGAUGAUGAAUGUGCUAAAUAUCUUGCUAGUGUAGUGAGUACAAAUGAAUCAUUGAAAAUUUUAAAACUGAUGGGAAACCCAUUGAGUAUUAAUGGAUGCUAUAUAUUACUGAAACCACUGGUAACAAUGCCAACAUCUCAAUUAGAAACAAUUGACAUACGUGAUAUAUCGAUAAAAAGCAAAGCACUAGCAAGUUUAGCAAUGGAUCUUGAGGAUCGUUUUCCAAAAUUAGUUAUAAAACGAGGAGAGAAGAUCGACUAUCCACCGAUUAAAUGA